AUGUGGUUACAAGCUCCAAUUCCUGAAGUCAUCACACCAGAUCCAUGCCAGUAUGGCUUUAAAGCAACAGAUGAUGGCGUAAAUAACCAUGCAAAGGUUGGCUUUCAGACACUGAUGACUGAAUUUACAAAUGCAUCUGUCACUAGGGUUAGUGGAGAAUUUCCAAACUGGAUAAAGGGCCGUUUCAUACGCCAGGUUGGGGGUUCAUUUGGUAACCUUGACAGUCCUAAUCCAAUGGAGAGAAUAGAGCAUUGGUUCGACGGUGUUGGGGGAGCUGGAAUGUAUCACAUUACGGAUGGCGAAGUCAAGUUCACAAACAAGUUUUACGAUACGAGAGGUUACAACAUUUGGAAAAGUUUUGACAAUGAUUGGGCGAGAUCUCAAGUUAGUUGGGCCACUAUCUUUUCACCUUAUAAUUAUACUAGAAUGAUCGAGAACCAGGCAUUAUUUCCCGAUAAGCUAGAUACCAAUCCAUGUGUCAGUUUCUGGAAGCUAGACGAGGAGAUUCUGGCAGUAACGGAAUAUCAUCAAGCUAUGCUCCUAAAUAAAAAUACAAUGGAGAGCAGGGGAGAAUACCCAUUUGAGGAUACACCGGAUAUAGGACAGCCCCAUGGGACUAUUUUGAUCAAUCAACCAGUACAUGAAAGAAUCGACAUGGAAACGGGGGAGCCAUGGAUGGUAACAGGUGCCGUUGUACCAUUGACACCAGUCGGGAUGGGAGGUCCAUUGGAGUCAAAGCUUAUUUUAUACCAAGUUAUAAACAAGACGAGAAUUCCUAAGGCAGAGAUUAUUAUGGGGAAUGUAUCUCUGGGUGAAUGCAACCCUGUAACCGAAGCUCCAUAUCCAGAUACCACAAAAUUGAUGCCCUAUCUUCAUUCAUUUACAAUGACCAAGAACUACAUUAUAAUCCCCGGCACAUCUAUGAUGUUGGAUUACUGUGAUGCUUUCGUAUAUUCCUCGCCGGGUGAUCCAUUGUUUAAAAGGUUUUGGAAAUUUAAGAAUGAACUUAAAAGUAAAGUUUACGUAGUGAGAAAAUCAAACAUGGAGGUCGUUGCUGCAAUGGAAAUAGAUCCGAUGUUUGUGACUCACCAGUUGAAUGCUUACGAAAAAGAUGGAAUGAUAAUGGCUGACAUGUUGGUUUACGACAAUGAAAGAGUAUACUAUGAUCUCAAAGUCCAAGAAAUGUAUAAUGGAACAAAUCUCGUAACAGAUAUCGCAAGACUUGUCAUUGACACAAGCAACUGGAGUAUUACAAGGCAACAUCUGACAACGGAAUAUCCUGUCAAUGCGGAGUUCAGUCAGGUUAAUAAUGCAUUCCAUGGAAAGGAGUACAAAUAUGCUUACCUUGUGAUGGAUGUUCUGCAUGAAAAUUCAACUAUAUUGAAGUUGAACGUAGAUACAAAGGAAGAGUUACGUUAUGACCCUGGCUUCGGACACAUGCCAUGGGAACCUAUUUUUCUCCCAAGACCGGGUGCCACAGUUGAGGACGAUGGAUUAUUGAUACUUAACGGCAUCAGCGUCCCAGAUAAUACAACCUUCUUUGCAUUGGUAGAUGCAAAGACAAUGAAAGAGACUGCCAGAUUUCAUGCGCCUACCAUCAUCCCAGUUAGUUUCCACAAUAGAUUCUACCCAGAUCCAUCCCACGAUGACACAUCAUCUGGCGUAACAGAUCCAUCCGAGAACUCACCAUCUUGCGCCACACAAACACUGCAGUCGAUCGUUUUGGCAACACUUAUUGCGAUUAUGACCUUACUGAUAUAAAUACAUUUCUCUUGUUCAUACGGCUACGUAUAGCAUGUAGUUCAAGUUAAACAAUAUUUUGGCAACCAAAUGUGUGGUCUACCUACCACCAUACAAUUACAUUACAAUACUCAUGUAACUUGUACAUAUUUGUCCUACUAAUAUAUCCUGUUUUAAAAUAUAAAGAAAAUUGACGAAAAUAUGGUUACAUUCAACAUAGAUCGUUAGUUUAGUUCCCGAUGGUAGGAAAGGUACAUGGACCGCUUAUUGGCUUUAUACGAUCGCGAUAAAAAUAUAAAGGAUUAAAGGUUCAUCAUUUUUGGCUUGAAAUCUGUAAAUGUUUUGUGUGUUUGCAAACUCAUCAAUUGAAAAUCACAUAUUAUAUCGGGUGUCCUAAAAAUGAACCACUUUUUGACAAGUAUUAUCUCGGCAGCAAACUGAUGAACCAAAUUCACUGAAAAUGUGUACAUAGUUGCCGAAGAGUAUCGUUAGCAAGGUACAAAAAAUAAAAAAGAUCAAGUAAAUGUUAUGUGAGUACUAAGAAGUUCAAGAUAGCAUGUCAUAACAUCCCAUACCG